CGGCGGGCACCGGCUGCAGCUCCCCGGCUCUUCUGAGCCAUUCCAGCUUUCCUGAGAGCGGCAGCUCCCGGCACAGCGCGCCGGACACGGGCACGGAGUGGCAGCUGUCAAAUGACAGCGCUUUAGGAACCGCCCGGCCCCGCCGUUCCCGGGAUGGCAGCGUAGGAUCCGCGCAGGAUGGGGACCCCGCGCCGGGAGCGGCCCCGAUGGCUGGGGACCCUCCUGGCCGCCUGCCUGGCCACCCUCCCGGUCAUCGGCGCCUGUCCCCGGCCCUGCGCCUGCCACGGCUCGGCCGAGCUCCACUGCACCUUCCGCUACCUGAGCGCCGUGCCCCCGCGCAUCCCGCCCGACGUGCGGCGCAUCAACCUGGGCUACAACAGCCUGAGGAAACUCAGCCCCAUGGGCUUUGCUGGCCUGGAGAAACUGGAGUUACUGAUGCUGCACAGCAAUGAGAUCAGCACGGUCCCUGAGAAGGUGUUCAGUGAUUUACGUUCACUACAGGUCUUAAAAAUGAGUUACAACAAGGUCAGAGUGCUCCAGCAGGAUGUAUUUUAUGGCCUGAACAGCUUGGUACGGCUGCAUAUGGACCACAAUCAAAUUGAAUUUGUGAAUCCCAAUGUUUUCUAUGGACUCACUUCCUUGAGGUUGGUGCACCUGGAUGGAAAUUUACUUCAGCAGCUGCAUCCAGACACUUUUGUCACCUUGCACUACAGUCAAAUAUUCAGAAUAUCCUUCCUGAAGCACAUCUCUCUGUCUGACAAUAUGCUGGCUUCACUUCCACAAGAAAUGUUUUCCUACAUGUCAGAGCUCGAGAGCAUUUACCUCCACGGAAACCCCUGGUCCUGUGAUUGCAGCCUGCAGGGAUUCGCAGAGUGGGCACAGGAGAGACCAGAUGUUAUAAAGUGCAGAAAAGAGAGGAGUUCCAGUGUCCAGCAAUGCCCAGUCUGUGCUAGUCCCAAAAAUCAAAAUGGGAAAGGUUUAGUGGAUCUUCCUUCUGCAUCCUUCACCUGCAGUAAGCCAGUCAUCCACGACUCGCUGAAAUCCAGAAACCUCACGAUGCCAGACGAUGGGGAUUUCAGUUUCGUGUCUCCCAAGGACUUGAUAGCUCCCAUAGGAUCCGUGGUUUUGAAUAUGACUGACCAAGCAGGAAAUCAAGGCAACUUGGUUUGCAAUGUCCAGAAACCUACAAAAAUGUCUCCCAUCUCACUUGACAAAAAUGGCCACAGCACCGUGCUCAAAACCUCGUUCUCAGCAUUGCUGGUGUGUGGUGUCGAUUAUGGACACAUCCAGCAGCUGUGGAGCAUCCUGGCACUGUACAGCAAUUCUCCCUUGAAACUGGAGCAAACUGUGCAGACAACUGAUGUGCCUUUUAUUAGCUACAAAUACAAGCAGAUGCACAGUGAGAAAGAUGAGCUUUUCACCAAUAUCGAGGCAGAGCUGCGAGCUGAGCCAGCCUGGCUGAUGCAGAGGGCAGUGUCCCUGCAGCUGGACAGGACAGCCAGCACGCUCAGCACGCUGCACCUCCGCCUCUCCACCCACGCCCUGGUCACUCUGGCCAGCGAUCACCAGAGCCAGGUGAGACAAAACUGGGCCAUCAUCAUCAGGGACAACAGCACCCAAAGAGAGCACACCGUGCUGGUCGGGGGCACCGUGGAGCUGGGGUGCCAGGCAGCCGGGGAGCCAGCUCCUGCCGUGGAGUGGAUAUUGGCUGAUGGCAGCAGAGUGCGAGCUCCUCACAUCAGCGAGGAUGGGAGGAUCAUAGUCCUGGAAAGCGGGGCCCUGGCGCUGCGGGCAGCUGACGUGUUUGACACGGGGCUCUACCACUGCAUCAGCACCAACCACGCCGACGCCGACGCGCUCUCCUUCCGAAUUACGGUGCUGGAUCCCCACGUGGAACGCGAGGGGGUAAACGGAGCCCAGCUGUCGGCUGCUCUCGGCAGCACCCUGCACCUUCCCUGCACAGCCACGGCUGCUCCGGACGCUGCCGUCACCUGGGUGUCACCUCAGCACACAGUUCUUGGUCAGGCUGUAGGAAACAAGCUGAUCUUUGCCAACGGCACCUUGAGGAUACAAGGGGUGACAGAGCGAGACGCGGGCUACUUCCGAUGCAUUGCGGCCAACCGCUACGGUGCUGAUCUUUUGGUUUUCCAAGUGCUAACGAGACAGGGUGAAACUGCUCUGAGGAAAACGCAUGGAGCUGUGGAAGGGUGGGAAGAGGGCUCUGGCAAUGAGCUGCUGCACUCUGCUGCAGCACAGAGACAUCCCUCAGCCACUCCAGCCACCCUGACAGCUCCUGGGGAAUCCGCUGCAGCAGCGGCCAGCAGCCAGGGCACACGGAGCACACGUCAGAGGAACAGCCACGGGAAAAGGCCUCACUGGCCCCACGGGGACAGAGCAGGCAGGAGGUUCAGGGGACACAGGAGACAGUUUGUUUCCUCAGGCAGGAGAGCUGAUCCACAGCGCUGGGCAGCCUUGCUGGAGAAAACAAGGAGGAACUUGACAGUGGCACACAAACGAGGAGAAGUUGCAACAGAACCACCCACUCAAUCCCGUAAGCUCUCAGAGGUACCUGAGGAUGAGGAGGAGACCUCUGGUGAUCUCAUAUCUCCAGAAGAAGAAUUCAUGAUACCAGCAAGAGAGAGAUCCCCGGGAUUUGCUCUGGGGAGAGCAACAGAACUCACGAUCACUGCAGGGCCCGAGGAGACCGCGAAUCCCACUCGUGCCUGGAACAGCUCCCUCCUGCUCACAGAGCCAUCAACUGCCCUCCCCUCACCCCUUCCACACCCUGUGGCACCUGCCAGCAAAAGGCCACAAACACCUCCAGAACCUACAGACUCAUGGGAAAGAUCUGAUUUGAGUCAAAUAUCAGCAAAUGGUGUAAAACAACCAACCGUACCAAGUGGAACAUCCACACUCUUCCCUGCUGGGCAAAAGUCAAUAUAUUCUGGGGAAGGCAAUAACCAGCAUCUAAAGUCUGCGUCCAUGACACCCACAACAGAAGCUACAGGCACCAGCAAGGCUGUAACUCCUCAAAACACAGCAGACAAGGUACAUAUUUUCACUGAGUCUAUUGAUAAUGUUUCCACCAAAACAGAGCACCAGGUCCCUGUGGCCACAGUCAAUGAACAAAGCUCUGAAUUUGGCCCCAUUUAUUUUCAUAGUACUCAGAAAGGAGGAACUCCUAAUCCACCACUUGUCUCCACUUUUACUACUCAUCAGCAAAUUUGGGUUAUCCAGGAUGUUCCAACUCAUCCACCCCAGCUCCAGCAGCACUAUGGAAGACGAAAGAAAAUUUCUGGUCGGAGACGAAUUGUUAGACCAGGACGCAUCCCAAGUACGAAGGAGCACCAAUACGAUUUUGGGAGGCCAGGGUCUGCCAGAGGAACAGAAUCUGUAGCUAUGGCUACAGAUGUUCAGCUGAAUAUGAGCUAUGUAUCAAAUACACCAACCUUAAAUCACUUAAGCAGUUCCAUCAAUCCAUUUAGGCCAGAAGCACCCCAGUCUUCUCCCUCUGCCCUGAAUAUGCCAUUGGAGCACCCGGUGGGCACCCAUCAAAACACAGCAUUCCUCGGGGAAGAGGAGAAGAAACACAGGGCAAGGCAAAAAGCUGCUACCACAGUCACAUCUGUCACUGCAAAGGACACUGCCACUACUGCCACCAGUGCAUUGGCUGUAACAGGUUUGAAGCCAGCAGUUACACUUGUUAUUACUCCUCAAACCGACACCAGAGUCACCAAAAAUAAAACACUCCGAGUGGGAGGAAGGAGAGGUCAGAGGAGAAAGAGGCCUCCUAAAACACCUGUCCCACAGCAUGUGGCUGCAGCCCUCAGCAGUGCAGCCACCCCUGCAGCGAGCACUGCCACCCCCACGGUGGCACCUGCAACAGCUCUCCCUGGGAGCAUCAGUGCAGUCUCCAUGACCAGAACAACAGCCCCAGGGAUCCCCGAGAGCCCCGAGACACCUCAGCACAGCCCCACGGCAGCCACACAAACACCAGCAACCCCGAGCACCCGGAGGAGCCCCCGGCCAACACCACCAGCAGCAUCCCUGCCGGGCAGCGUGACUGCUCAGAGCCUCACCGUGUUCCUGCCAGCCACACCGGGCACACAGAGGAACACGCAGCUGGCCACGCCACCAGCUGCCAGUCCUGCCCAGACCCCCACCAUGGGGCUCCAAACCUCAGCACGGCUGGAUGAGGCCCCUGGUGCCCCGAGAGCCCGAGCUGCUGCAGCCAGUGCCACACCAGGGCCAGCACCUGCUCAGCACAUCGGAGCCGCUGCCACGGCAGGAGAAAAAGCCUACCUGGAAACGGGGGAGGGAGCAGUCCGGGAACAGCAGGCAGCACAGCCCACACUCCCAGCCAGAGCUGUGCCGAGUGCUCCUGCUGCUGUCACUGUCCCCAGCAGCCAGCAUCCCUCCCCUCUGCCAGCCCUGCCCGCAGCCCUGCCCGCAGCCACCCCCGGAGCCGCCCCGCACCCCCGGGGACACGGCCACCUCCAGCCCAGGACACCGCCCAAGGGCACAGGGAACACACUGCACUCACCACAAACCCCGUGGGCAAGGGACAAGGACAGCUCUGUCAGUGCCUGGUCUGAAAGGCGAGAUCGAGACACCACCACCAUCCCCAAUCCCAUCACCUUAGGUUCUGCAAGCAGAAACCAUUUUUCCAAGCCCAGAAUAGUCGGAGGGAAUUUUGCUUCUUUCACUGUGCUGGCGAAUUCUGAUGUUUCUAUUCCUUGUGAAGCUACUGGGAACCCCCCUCCAACAAUACAAUGGACCAAGAUACCACCAGGAGGAGCCGUGCUGCCCAGCGGGGCUCUGUCCAUCGCCCGUGCGGGCCCGCAGCACUCCGGCCGCUACCUGUGCACGGCGUCCAAUGCCCAGGGCAGCGCCCGGCUGCUCGCCACGCUGGCCGUGCUGGGCUCCCCGGCCCGCAUCGCCGGCCGCCAGCGGCUGCUGACCGCGCACUCCGGGAGCUCGGCCGUGCUGCCGUGCCCGGCCCGGGGCAGCCCCGCUCCCAGCGUCUCCUGGCUCCUGCCGAACGGGACCCGCCUGUCGCGCUCCUCCGCGGCCGCCGGCCGGGCUCGGGUGGAGCCGGACGGAGCCCUGCUCAUCCGGCCGGUCACCCUGCACGACCGCGGGCUCUACUCGUGCCUCGCCGAGAACCCCGCGGGCUCCGACACGCUCCGGCUGAGGCUGCAGGUCGUGGCAGCCCCUCCCGCCAUCCUGGAGGAGAAGAGACAAAGCGUGGCCGGAGCGGCGGGGGAAAGCCUGGAGCUGCCUUGCACGGUGCAGGGGAAGCCGCAGCCCGCCGUGCACUGGGUGCUCCCCGAGGGCUCGGUGCUGAAGCCGGGGCAGCUGGGGCACCCCGGGCUGUUCCUGUUCCCCAAUGGCACCCUCCGCCUGGGCAGCACGGCCCCCUCCGACAGCGGCACCUACGAGUGCAUAGCCACCAGCUCCACGGGCUCGGACAGGAGGGUGGUCAGCCUCGUGGUGCAGCGCAGAGACACCCUGCCGAAAAUUGCCAUCGCCUCGCAACAACUGACCCGGCUGAAUUUUGGGGAGAGGUUGCUUCUGAACUGUACAGCAAUUGGGGAGCCCAAGCCCAGGAUAAUCUGGAGGUUGCCCUCCAAGGCUGUUGUGGACCAGUGGCACAGAAUGGGAAGUCGGAUCCAUGUUUACCCCAAUGGAUCCUUGGCUGUUGAGGCAGUUACAGAAAAGGAUGCAGGUGAUUAUCUGUGCGUUGCAAGAAACAGAAUUGGGGAUGAUCUGAUACUGAUGAAAGUCAGCAUCACAAUGAAACCAGCCAAGAUUGACCACAAACAGCAGUUCAAGAAGCUGGUGCCGUAUGGGAAGGAUUUCAGAGUGGACUGCAAGGCCUCAGGGUCGCCAGCACCAGAGAUCUCCUGGGGCCUGCCAGACGGGACGGUGGUGAACAACGCGAUGCUGGCGGAUGACAGCGGGCACAGGGCUCGCAGGUACGUCCUCUUCGACAAUGGGACUCUGUACCUCAACAAAGCUGGAGUGGCAGAGGGAGGAGAUUACACGUGCUACGCCCAAAACACUCUGGGGAGGGAUGAGAUGAAGGUCCACGUCACGGUCAUUGUGGCAGCCCCUCAAAUAAAGCACAAUUACAAGACACACAUCGCAGUGACAGCUGGAGACACAGCCCUGCUGGACUGUGAAGCUGCUGGGGAACCCAGGGCACAGAUAUUCUGGCUGCUGCCCUCCAGCGAGAUGAUCUCCUUGUCCACAGACAGGCACUCCCUGCACUCCAAUGGCUCGCUCUCCAUCAGCCCUGCCAGCCUGCUGGAUGCUGGGGAGUACGUGUGUGUGGCUCGGAACCCUGGCGGGGAUGACACCAAGCUGUAUAAGCUGGAUGUGGCUGCUAAACCCCCCAUCAUAAAUGGUUUAUACGGGAACAAAACAAUCAUGAAGGUGACGGCAGUGAGGCACUCGAAGAAACACAUCGACUGCCGGGCAGAAGGGACACCUCCUCCUCAGAUUAUGUGGAUCAUGCCUGAUAAUAUUUUCCUAACAGCCCCAUAUUACGGGAGCAGGAUUGUGGUGCACAAAAACGGGACACUUGAGAUUCGGAACAUCCGGCUCUCAGACACAGCAGAUUUUAUCUGUGUGGCUCGUAACGACGGGGGAGAGACCGUGCUGGUGGUGCAGCUGGAAGUCACAGAAAUGCUACGGAGACCAAUAUUCAAAAACCCUUUCAAUGAAAAAAUAAUAGUAAAACCUGGGAAAACUAUCACACUGAACUGUUCUGUGGAUGGAAACCCUCCCCCUGAUGUAAGCUGGAUGUUGCCCAACGACACGAGGUUUUCCAGCAGCAUCAGGACAUCGCAGUUUUUCACGGGGAGCAACGGGACCCUGACCAUCCACAAUCCCGAGAGACACGCCGGGCGCUACCGCUGCGCUGCCCGCAACCAGGUUGGCUACAUAGAGAAGCUGAUGGUCCUGGAGGUUGCCCAGAAGCCCAAAAUCCUCAGCCGCCCUGCAGGGCUGGUGAGGGCUGUCAGCGGGGAGCCCUUGUGGCUGCACUGCCCGGCCGAGGGGAGCCCCAGGCCCAGGACAGCGUGGACGCUGCCGGGGGGCCGUGUGCUGGAGCAGCCACAGGCCAGCGGGAGGUUCCUGCUGCUGGAGAACGGCACCUUGAUCCUGCGGGCAGCCUCGGCCCUCGACGCGGGCACUUACCUGUGCAGGGCCCACAACCACGCCGGGGACUCGUCCCUCGCCGUCCCGGUGGUGCUGGCAGCCCACGCCCCCCGCAUCGUGGGCAGACCCCCCCCGGCCAUCCGCACCGUGCCGGGGGCAGCAGUGCAGCUCCACUGCGUGGUGCUGGGGAUCCCAAAGCCAGAAGUUUCCUGGGAGUUACCCGACCAUUCCAUCCUCUCCACAGCUCAGCAGGGCCGGGGCUCUGGGGGCGAGCUGCUGCACCCCACGGGGACCCUGCUCCUGCACAGCCCCCGGCCCUCCCAUUCCGGCACCUACAGGUGCACGGCCAGGAACCCCCUGGGCACCGCCACUGCCGUCACCCACCUGCACGUCCUGUGAGGCAGAGCGCAGCAGCAACGGGGCACAGCGCUCACCGGCUCAUCCUUGCGAUGGCUUCAGUCAAAGGCAGCCACAAGCCUGGGACAGCCUGGACACAUCCACAGCACCCAGGCUGCAGUGACCCGGCAAAGAGACAGCAACGGGAAAAUCAGCUCUGGCAUCACUUGCUAGCCUUGGUUCUCUCCAUGUUCAGGGGAUUUAAACGAAAGCAAAAUUAAGACAUUUCUGCUCCACAAAGAAAUAGCAAACAUUGACUGUCAAACAUGGAAACUUUCUGGAAAUGUGCCUAGAGAGCUCCUGUACGGACACAGGUUUGCAUCAGUUCAAUACUGCCCACCUUGUGUGACUGACACAAGCACGGAUCAGAGAGGGCAAGGACAGUUCCUGGGAACACAGGAGCAGGUUUAUUGGGA